GGCCCACGCAUAGCCCUAACAGAACGACUUGUAGCACAGCACCAAGAACAACUUGGAAACAGACUUGAAGAGAUAAAUAGUAGUUUCAGCCAUAUGAUUGUAGUAUUGCCUAACAGCAAUCAAAGCAAUAAGUCUAUCCAACCAAAGUGCUUCCACGGAAAACAUCCUGAAAAUGCAACCCAUCAUCCUCUACUCUCAUCCGUACGGCCCAAACCCCUGGAAGGUAGCCAUCAUCCUCGAAGAGCUAAACCUUCCAUACAAAACCCACUUUGUGAGCUUUCAAGACGUCAAAAAAGAACCAUUUAUCAAGCUGAACCCGAACGGCCGUCUCCCUGCCAUCGAAGACCCCAACAAAGACAUUACUCUCUGGGAAUCCGGUGCGAUCGUGGAAUACCUUCUCGAUAACUACGACACUGAACACAAACUCAGCUACACGGGCUUUGCUGCCAAAUACGAAACCAAGGCAUGGCUGCAUUUCCAAAUGUCAGGUCAAGGCCCGUACUACGGACAGGCAGGCUGGUUCAACCGCGCCCAUCCGGAACGUCUCCCUAGUGUCAUUGAGCGGUAUGGAAAUGAGAUCCGUCGUGUGACUGGUGUCCUAGACUCUGUUUUAAAGAACAGAGAGUGGUUGGUUGGGGAUAAGUGCACCUAUGUCGAUCUAUGCUUUAUGCCUUGGCAACGCUGGGCGUCGAAGUAUGCGACGGAUGCGGAGAAAUUGGAUAUGGAUUUCCCUCAUGCUGCGGCGUGGUUUAAGAAGCUGAGCGGGAGGCCUUCUGUUAAGAAGAUUUUCGCUGAUCAGGAUCGUGAGAUCGAAGAGUCGACGGGUUUGUAAGGAGAAUAUAUAGAUGGGUCAGGUUCUUUGCUGGUGCACAGUAGCCUCUUUACAUUAAAUAUAAUGUAUUUAACAUCAUAAGAUUUUUGCUGCAAUUUUGGCUCUUUGUAGUGCCCUGUAUAUUAUUAUGCCCUGAUUUCAUUCACCGUUUCAUGAUUUAAAUAACCCUUACGCCCAGUCGAUGAAUCUGUAACUUGGCAGAUAUGUAU